UGGCGCUGCUGAGCGGCUACUUCACCGCCACGGGAUCCCGGUGUGUGUGAGAGGAAGCAUCAAACUGAAAGUAGUGGACCUCUCAGCCUGUGGAAAACUACGCAAACUUAGACUCUUUCACCUAAGGACAGUUUCAGUGACGUGAAAAAAUGUCUCGUAGAUAUGAUUCCCGAACAACCAUAUUUUCUCCUGAGGGACGUCUGUAUCAGGUGGAGUAUGCAAUGGAAGCAAUCGGUCACGCUGGAACAUGUCUGGGGAUUCUAGCAAAUGAUGGAGUGCUGUUAGCAGCAGAGAGACGCAACAUCCACAAACUGCUUGACGAGGUUUUCUUCUCUGAGAAGAUCUACAAGCUCAAUGAAGACUUGGCCUGCAGUGUUGCUGGGAUCACAUCAGAUGCAAAUGUACUGACAAAUGAGCUGCGGCUAAUUGCACAGAGAUAUUUAUUGCAGUACCAGGAGCCAAUACCCUGUGAGCAGUUGGUGACAGCCCUGUGUGACAUCAAGCAGGCGUACACACAGUUUGGAGGUAAGAGGCCGUUUGGUGUUUCUCUGCUGUACAUGGGCUGGGACAAACACUAUGGCUUCCAGUUGUAUCAGAGUGACCCCAGCGGCAAUUAUGGAGGCUGGAAGGCAACCUGUAUUGGAAACAACAGCGCUGCUGCGGUGUCUAUGUUGAAGCAGGACUACAAAGAGGGAGAGAUGACUCUGUCCUCUGCUCUAGCUUUGGCUGUCAAAGUCCUCAACAAAACAAUGGAUGUCAGCAAGCUCUCAGCAGAGAAAGUGGAAAUUGCCACCCUGACACGAGAAGACGGGAAAACAAAAAUCAAGGUGCUGAAACAGAAAGAAGUAGAGGUACUCAUCAAGCGACACGAGGCUGAGGAGGCCAAGGCUGAAAAGGACAAAAAGGACAAGGAGCAGAAGGAGAAGGACAAAUGAGCAAAAUAAGAAUUUUUUUUCCCUCAUGUCACCAGAUCCUGUAUUGUUUUUUGUCUUUUACAUUAAAAAUUUGGAAAUUGA